CAAGAUGGCGGCGACUGUCUCCCCCUUUAGUGGGGUCCUGCAGCUGACGGACCUGGACGACUAUAUCGGGCCCUCGCAGGAUUGCAUCAAACCUGUCAAAGUUGACAAGAAGCCUGGGAAAGCGGGGGCCAAGAUCCGUAUUGAAAACGAUGGGAGUUACUUCCAAGUGAACGAGGACGGAGAAUCGCAGAAGCUCGAAAAAGCCAAAAUCACCCUCAACGACUGCUUGGCUUGCAGCGGCUGCAUCACGUCGGCCGAGAGUGUGUUGAUAACUCAGCAGAGCCACGAAGAGCUCCACAAAGUGUUGAAUGCCAACAAGAACUCUUUUCUGUCUUCCCCAGGGGUGGACUUUGUCUUCGACACGACCUUCUCCCGGAACUUCAGCCUACUGGAGAGCCAGCGGGAGUUUGUGCGCCGCUUCCGGAGGCAAGCCGACGACGAGAGGGCGCUCCCCAUGUUGGCUGCCGCAUGCCCAGGUUGGAUCUGCUACGCCGAAAAGACCCACGGGAGUUUCAUCGUCCCCUAUGUCAGCACGGCCAAGUCGCCCCAGCAGGUGAUGGGCUCUCUGGUCAAGGGCCACUUUGCCGAACAGCAGCGCUUGAGGCCCGACCACAUCUACCACGUGGCCGUGAUGCCCUGCUACGACAAAAAACUGGAGGCCUCCCGCCCUGAUUUCUUCUUCCAGGAGCACCAGACGCGGGAGGUCGACUGCGUGAUUACGACAGGAGAAGUUGUGAAGCUGCUGGACCAAGAAGGGGUUUCCCUUCCUGACGUGGAGCCCGCCCCACUAGACGGCCUAUUCAGCAGUUGCUCCGAAGAGCGGGUCUUUGGCCAUGCCGGAGGCGGUUCCGGGGGCUACCUGGAACACAUCUUCAAGCACGCAGCAAUGGAGCUCUUCGGGAUUCAAGUGGAGAAGCUGGAGUAUAAGCCCUUGAGAAACAAAGAUUUCCAGGAGGUGACCCUGGAGCGAGACGGCCAGACCCUGCUGCGCUUCGCCCUGGCGUACGGCUUCCGGAACAUCCAGAACUUGGUGCAGAAACUGAAGCGGGGGAAGUCGCCCUACCACUACGUGGAGGUCAUGGCGUGCCCUUCAGGGUGCCUGAACGGGGGCGGCCAGCUCCGAGCGGACGGCGAAGCCGGCAAAGAUCUCCUGCUCCAAGUGGAGAGGCUGUACGAGUCGGUGGAGCCGGAGAAGCCCGAGGCGAACGAGGGCGUGAGGGCACUCUACACAAAAUGGCUGGGAGGCCCCACGUCGGAGCGGGCGCGGCAAGCCCUGCACACCCAGUACCACCCCGUGGAGAAGGCGAACGCUGCCGGGUUUAACAUCAAGUGGUGACCGUGUGGGGGGGUGGGGGGUGGCUCUCGUGCUCGGAUCCAGGUCGAAGCUCCUUUCGGGGGCAGUGUCCCGAAGGCGGCCAGUGAAAGGGGACAGGCAGCUUCAGGAGCGAGGACGGGGCCCGUACCAAAGAGCUGGCCAAAAAUGAGGGCUGAUUUGGGGCUGGGCUGCAGAAGGGAAGAAAUACCGGGGGGGGGGACUUGUGCACCCCCCCUCCCCAUUUGAGACCGAUCCCAGAUGGUGUUUGUCCCCUCCGGCCAAAGCUGGAGAUUCCGUGCCCUGCUUCAGCUCUCAAGCUGACGCUGUCAGGAAACCUUCCUUUGAGGCUGCCGUUUGCACGUGCGCUGUGAAAACGGCACCCCCUCCCCCCCCCCGUGGGGCAGGGAUGUUAGGGGCCCCGUUGCUUUCCUGUGCCCUUCUCUUACGACACGGGCUGCCGGGGUCCUCCAGGACACUCCCCUGCCAUCACGCAGGGAGGGGAGGGGACCCCCUUUUAUCUGUCUCCGUGGGUCAGGGUCCCCACUCAAAAGGCCAGACGUAGCUUGUGCAUUCGGCUCCUUUGGGCUGUGAAAGUUGGGCUUGGAGAAAGCAGUGAAGGCCUCCCGGGGG